AUGAAACAAAGCAGCCUAUUUGAAUAUGGAAAUUUUCUCAUUUUUCGAGUUUUUCUGGUCAGCGAUGCAAUGUUCUCAAAAUUAAUUCCAACAGUUUUAUAUCCAAUUUUAUCGGUAUUACUGCUAAAUCAAAUUAGAGCGGGGAAGAAAAAUCAGGAAAGACUGGGUGCAAAGUAUAAUGAAAACGACAAAACCACAUUUCUGAUCACCUUGAUGACGGUGAGCCAUUUGAUUUGUGAUCUACCGAAAGGUUUAAUAUCAUUGAUUCAGUCAUAUUUCGUUUCGGCAGGUGGAUUUUUGCUUCUAAUAACAAAUCUAAUCGUCUUAUCAACCACCUUAGUCAUAUUUAACACUAUUUUACAAUGUUUCAUUUGCUGUGCAUUGUCUACAAAUUAUCGAAAUACAGUAAUCGAAAUUCCAUGUCAGAUUUCUCUCGCCUUCUACUAA